AUGCGCAGGAAAAAAUCGUCGUAUCUAAUUUUCAUAGCAGUUUUUCUAGUAUUUUUCUACUUUUUUGGGAGUAUUCAAGAUUUCGAACUUGAAGAUCAGGUAUAUAUUUUCAGAAUCAUAAGAAUCAAGAAAAAUCUUCAGGAAAACAACUAUGAGGACAAUUUCGAUCCGAUUGAGGAUGAGAUUUUUGUCAAAAAUUAUUUGGAAUUAAUGCAGAAAAACAGGGCUCCAGCUAGGCCGGUGAUAGAAAAAGAGCAAAAAAUAAUCGAGAAUCGUUGGUGUUUCUUAGCGGCUCCUAAAAUUAUGAAAAAUCCCCGAGAAAAUUGGCUGAAAGUGGCGGGAAUCGAAAUUUUCAGCGCUUAUUAUGAUGAUCGACCAAAUUCGUUAUUUCCAGAUAAUUCAGCAAUUCAGGUAAGAGGGACUAGAAAACCAAAAAGAGAAAAAAACUCGGUCAUGGCCUAGAAAUCUAGAGAUCUAGCCUAUAAAAUUGAGUUAUGGACUAGAAACCCCUCAAAAAAUCCUCUUCCAGGUUCUUGUCAUGAGCAAUCACACAAUCGAAUCAAAAAUCGAUAUCUACUGCAAUAUUUUCGUCAAAAAUUCCCGUUUUCAAAAAUACACAGUAGUCCAGGGUUAUAUUCGUGAAAUUUGGCAACGUGGAUGGGAUCCACGUGGCAAUUUUCAAGUACCAAGUUUGAUAUCAUGUCCGAUUCCGGAAAAAUUGGAUUUUUUCAAAAAUUCGGAAAGUGACGUGGAAUAUAGUGUAUCUUUGACUAGAUCUAAUUGUAAAAGUCAGAAGAUUGCGAUGAAAGUUGUGGGAAAAUCGAGAAAAAUUGGAGAGAAAAAGAAAGAUGUGGCAAUUUGUUUGAAAGGUUUGGAUUAUCAGGUGAGCAAGAUUUUUUUUUAUGUGGAACUUAAUAAAAUUCCACGUCAUAGUUAAACUCUUUAGAAUAAAACUAACAUCAAAUAAUUCAAAGUAUCAAAGAUUCUUAUUGUUUGAGCAAGUUAGAGACGAAACAAAACUAAAAAAUGUUUGCAUUCCACUUUUUUAUGAUAAUUUUUCUACUUCGGCUGAUGAAUUUGAAACAAUUUCCUGGAAUCUCCUAAUUUAAGAGCCAGAUAGUCAAACUAGGUCUACUGGGGGGAAUUAUUUCAUUAAAAAUACCAAAAAUUAAUCUCUGAUCUAGAAUUUUUCAAGUCUCACACGGAUAGGAAAAUUAUGAUUUUUUUGGAAAAAUGAACUUGACUCAAGAGAACUUUCGAAAUUAAUUCACGACAGCUAUCACAGGACUAAAAAAAGAGAAGAUUCUAUGAUAAAACGAUAACGACAAUAUCUGGGAACGUUUUUUAGAAUCAGAAAUCUUGUCUACAUUCACUGCUCAAAAAACCUCUACGAAUAAAACUUGUACGAGUAAUUAUCUGAGCCUCUGUACAGUAUUCGGGUUGACUACUAACGGACUAAUAAAAACGGAUUAUGAUAGGUAUCAGGCUUGUGCGGUAAGGGAAAAUGCAUUUUCCGAUUUUCCGACUUUUGGGAACAUUUCGGAAAAAAAACGAGUCGUAAAAUGAACAUUUCGGAACACUUUUGAAAGUGAAAAAUAAACGAAUUUCAGGAUUUUUUGCUAAUUUUAUCACAAAAUAAUUUUGGUAUUUCUGAAAAACAUUAAAAAAAAUUAUUUUGUAACAAAAGUACCAAAAAAUAUCGUGAAAACUGCUAACAAGGGAAGUGCAUAAGGUCAGGUGUUGAACUUUUGAUGAAACAUAUCGAAAUAUACCAAAUCGACCAUGCUGAUCACGAUUCCGAAGUCAAAAAUUGCCACAAAUGCCUGUGAGCACUUUUCUGGAACUCCAAAGUUGAAAUCGAGUUGUGGUUUUCGCCCAUUUUCACCUUGUUCCUGCAUGAAAAAUCAACUUUCAUAUCUCAAAUAAGAUUGUUCACCAUAUUCGAAAACCUACCAGAUUUUUAGUUUAUCGGAAAAUAUCAAAAACGAGCUGAAAACUGCAGUUUCCAAAAAUGCCCGAAAAACUUCAAAAAACGUGUGCAUUUACGUGUAUUUGUGUGUAUUUUCAUGACUUUUUUGAAAAUUGCAGUUUUCAGCUCGUUUUUGAUAUUUUCCGAUAAACUAAAAAUCUGGUAGGUUUUCGAAUAUGGUGAACAAUCUUAUUUGAAAUAUGAAAGUUGAUUUUUCAUGCAGGAACAAGGUGAAAAUGAGCAAAAACCAAAACUCGAUUCAAACUUUGGAGCUCCAGAAAAGUGCUCACAGGCAUUUGUGGCAAUUUUUGACUUCGGAAUCGUGAUCAGCAUGGUCGAUUUGGUAUAUUUCGAUAUGUUUCAUCAAAAGUUCAACACCUGACCUUAUGCACUUCCCUUGUAAGUUAAGAAAAUGCUCCAAAAAUUAAAAAAACUAACAAAUAAGUCUAUCAAUUCUUCAAGUUUUCCGAAUGUCGGAAAAUUUUUUUCCGGAAAUAAAAUUAGGAAGAAUGGGAACAAUUCUACAGUAUUGGGUACUGUCCUACAUUAUGCUAAAAACAACUAUUCUACAGUAUUUUCAGGGAAGCGUCCUAAGCUCUUCGGGAAACUGUCCUAUGGUGACCCACAUUACAGACCUAUAACUACUAAGGAACUGUUCUAAAGAGAACCUAGGUCCAAUCAAAAACCAACCUGAUGCAUUGAGUUGAACCGCUUGACGAGUCAGCUUUUGGAGACGAAGUCAGCUACAGAAGGUGGAUCCAGGAGAAGGCAGGAAGUGGAAUUGGCAAACCUGAAAAUAAAAUUAUUAACAUUUGGCGGUUGGUAAAGACAGUCGAUUGGGGGAAAAACAAUAACACAUUUGAACAAAACCUUUUAUUGUAGAAAUACUCUUUCGGCGGCAGAAGACCAACGAGAAGAAGCUUGAGACGAGCAAGAAGAUUGAGAUGGCAAUGAAGAUUGGGUAGAGCGAGCAGAUUGAGAAGACCAAAAAGAUUGAGAUUGGGUAGAGCAAAAUUGAAUCUGAAAAAGCAGCUGCAGCAAGAAGGUUGAGUAGAGCAUGAAUACCACAUUCCAACCUAAAAAGGCGGCAAGACGAUUGAGAAGGCCAGGAAGAUUGAGAAGACCUAAAUUGGAUCUGAAAAAGCAGCAGCGGCAUGAAGAAUGAGUAGAGCAAAAUUGAAUCUGAAAAGGAAGCAACGGCAAGACGAUUGAGAAGACCUAAAUUGAAUCUGAAAAGGCAGCAGUGGCAUGAAGAUUGAGAAGAGCACAUUAGGAUCUGAAAAAGCAGCAGCGGCUUGAAGAUUGAGAAGAGCAUGAAGAUUUAGUAGACCAAAAUUGGAUCUGAAAAGACGGCUGCAGCAAGACGGUUGAGAAGGCCAUGAAGAUUGAGAAGACCACAUUCGAACCUGAAAAAGCAGCAAUGGCAAGACGAUUGAGAAGUCCAAAACCAAAUCUGAAAAGGCAGCAGCGGCAUGAAGAUUGAGAAGACCUAAAUUGAAUCUGAAAAAGCGGCAGCGGCUUGAAGAUUGAGUAGAACAUGAAUACCACAUUCCAACCUAAAAAAGGCGGCAAGACGAUUGAGAAGUCCAAACCCGAAUCUGAAAAAGCAGCAGCGGUUUGAAGAUUGAGAAGACCUAAAUUGAAUCUGAAAAAGCGGCAGCGGCUCGAGAAUUGAGAAGUCCAAACCCGAAUCUGAAAAGGCAGCAGUGGCAAGACGAUUGAGUAGAGCAUGAAGACCUAAAUUGGAUCUGAAAAAGCAGCAGCGGCUUGAAGAUUGAGAAGGCCAUGAAGAUUUAGAAGACCUAAACCAAAUCUGAAAAGACGGCUGCAGCAGGAAGGUUGAGAAGAGCACAUUCGAAUCUGAAAAGAGCAGCAGCGGCAAGACGAUUGAGAAGACCUAAAUUGGAUCUGUAAAAGCAGCAGCGGCAAGACGAUUGAGAAGACCAUGAAGGUUGAGAAGACCUAAAUUGGAUAUGAAAAAACGGCUGCAGCAAGACGGUUGAGAAGUCCAAACCCGAAUCUGAAAAAGGCAGCAGCAGCAAGAAGGUUGAGAAGACCUAAAUUGGAUCUGAAAAAGGCGGCAACGGCAAGACGAUUGAGAAGACCAAAUCCAAAUCUGAAAAAGCAGCAGUGGCAUGAAGAUUGAGAAGAGCAUGAAGAUUUAGUAGACCAAAAUUGGAUCUGAAAAGACGGCUGCAGCAAGACGGUUGAGAAGGCCAUGAAGGUUGGGUAGAGCAAAUAGAUUGAGAAGACCAACAUGUGAAUCUGAACAAGAAUCUAUAAAAAAAGAGAGUAAACACCGUACUUGGUACAGCACUUCUUCUCGUAAGAAACUAAACCUCGAACUUAAAUCUCAAACCUGCUCGCUAAGAAGAAUCACCCUGCUAAACUGAAAUAUGACAACUUUCUACAGUAUUCUUAUCAAAGCGCUCCACAGUAUUCUGACCCAAGAAAAACUAUCACACACUUUCAUACAGUCUUCUGAAGGGUUUUUUUCUGAUAACAUCACGGAAUAUCUCUUCUCUAUAGUACUAGCUACAGUACUAGUAUUAGCAAACAUACAGUAUUAUUUUCCCUACAGUAUUCUCAACCCAAAACUCACAUUCCCUCGUUUGAUCCAAAUGUCGAGCUCAUUUCGAAGGUCUCCAGUAUGUAGAACUAUAAUUAUGACGAGAACAGUCAGUUUAUAUUAGCUCAGAAAACCACGUGGAUUGAUCUUAUCUUUUUGGAGUGUCACGUUGAAAUUAUUUUCUCGCACACUUUUCUCAUUUCUUGAAAAGUGGCUUUCUGUGCUCUAGAUUUAUUUUAAUUUUCUUUGACGUGAAAUCUGCGGCUCAUUUCUAAAUUUGAAGGCGGCUCGGACUGGCGUGUUUUUGAAAUGUGAAUCUGUAAUGUUUAGAGUCAGGAAAUAUAAAACCAAAGUAAACUAGAUUUUCUCGGCUCCUUUGAUUUUCCUAUUUUUUCUACCUGAAAAAUUAAAAUCAGAAUUAAAAGUUGAAAAACAAAUCUGAUUUAUAAAAAAAUGUGAAACAGUGAAAAAGUUUCGAACAUUUUUUAAACUGAAAUUUGAAACAGUGAAAAUUAAUUUGGAACCAAAAUUUUAAUUUUAUAGGAAGAUAUAUCUGGUCGACUUCUCGAAUGGCUUGAACUUCAAUAUAUUUUAGGAGCCGAUACAAUUGGAGUCUAUAUGUAUUUUUUGACCCAAAAAACACAAAAUGUGCUCAAAUAUUAUGAGAAAUUGGGGAAACUGACUUUGGUAACUUUUCCGACCCUUUUCACAAAAUUUUUAAUUUUUUUAGGAUCAAAUUUCACUAUCUGGCUCUGAUCCAAAUUCAAAUUUAGAGCGAAGCCAAUUUUUGAAAAAUAAUCGACCUCAAAAAAGGAGACAUGAGCUAAUUCCCUACAAUGAUUGUUUCUAUCGGUUAGCUUUUUCUAAUUAACAUCCUAAUUACUUCAAUAAUUUUAAAGGCACAUUCACACUCAUAAUUAUGUUCUAAUUUUGGAUAUUGAUGAAGUUGUUGUGCCAAUUGGAAAUUUUUCGAGUUACUGUGAGUUCUCAAUUCUCCAAAAAAUCUCAAAAUCAAUAAAUUUUCAGCCGAAAUGCUGCGAAGUGUUGAAAAACGUUUAUCCGGAAGAAGUAUAAGCUCACUUUCAGCCAGAAAUGUUUUCAAAUUUCAAACGAAUUUCGAAGUUGGAAAAGAGUGGAGUUAUAUGAGAAGAAAUCGGAAAAGAUCCAAAAAUAUUAGCAAAAUGGGAGAAUUUGGAAAGAGUUUUAGCAGGUGAGUUGGGAUUAUGAGGAUCAGAAAUUUGAAAAAAAAUUGAUAAUGUUUGGAAAUUUUUUUACUGUUUCAUAAUUUUGAUAAAUAAAUUUACAAGAUUUAAAUUCUGAUCUUGAAGUGGAAUUUUCUAAACUUCUACGAGAAAAUUCAGUAAUUCAGGAUUUUCAUUUUUUUUUUCAAAUUCCCACCCAAAACCACACCAACCUCUAAUCUCAUUCUCAUUUCCUCCUCCUCCUUUUUUUCCAGCACAAAAUCAGUGGCCACCGUUUUUAAUCAUUUCGCUCUUCACAAAUUAUCGUAUUCCUCAUCAAAAAGUGUAUAUCUUUCACCGAAUUCGGAAGCCAUCAAACUUCAUUAUAAAUCCGAAUGUCCACAAGAAUCUCGAAAUGAAUGUCAAGAUCUUCAAUUUAAUUUAGUUGAUGAUACAAGUUUGGAUCGUUUCGAAAAACAAUUAGAAAAACGGGUUGAAUUAAUUAGAAAAUUAAUUUUGUGA